AAGAAAAAACCCUAAUUUCUUUGAAAGGGACUGAAGAAGAAGAAGAAGAAGAAGAAGAUUAUGGGAUCCAUGAAUUCAAACAAUUGGCUUUCGUUUCCACUUUCACCCACCAAUCCUUCUUUGCCACCACAUCUUCAAACCACAACUCAUCAUUCCCAUCAUUUCUCUUUGGGAAAUUUGGAGAAUGAUCAUAAUAUGGAUAUCCCAUUUCAAACCCAUGAGUGGAAUCUGAUAAGUAAUCAAGGUGGUGGUGAAGUUCCAAAAAUAGCAGAUUUUUUAGGAGUAAGCAAAGCAGAAAAUGAAACAGAUCUCAUUGGGUUUAAUGAAAUUCAUCAUCAAAGUAAUGAUACAGAUUAUUUGUUCCCAAUCACAAGAUUAGUUCCUCUUCAUCAACAACAACAACAACAAACACUUACUCCUCCUCCUCCUUCUAAUAUAAAUCUUGACUCUUCUUCUUCUUCUAACUUUGACCUUCAAGAUAAUUCCAACUGUUUACAAUCUUUGACUCUCUCGAUGGGUAGUGGUAAACCCUCUACUUGUGAAACAACCUCCACCCCUGAUAAUAACACCACAUCCAACAACAGCAACAACAGCAAUAAUACCACUCUCGACGUCACCCCUCGAAGAACUUUGGACACUUUUGGUCAAAGAACUUCCAUUUAUCGUGGUGUAACCAGGCAUAGAUGGACCGGAAGGUAUGAAGCGCAUUUGUGGGAUAAUAGUUGUAGAAGGGAAGGACAGUCAAGGAAGGGUAGGCAAGUCUAUUUGGGUGGGUAUGAUAAAGAAGAGAAAGCUGCUAGGGCUUAUGAUCUUGCUGCAUUGAAAUAUUGGGGAACAUCCACCACCACAAAUUUUCCUAUCAGUAACUAUGAGAAGGAAGUGGAGGAAAUGAAGCACAUGACCAGACAAGAAUUUGUGGCUGCCAUUAGAAGGAAAAGCAGUGGAUUUUCAAGGGGUGCAUCAAUGUAUCGUGGAGUUACAAGGCACCACCAACAUGGAAGAUGGCAGGCUAGGAUUGGGAGAGUAGCAGGAAACAAAGAUCUUUAUUUGGGAACUUUCAGUACAGAAGAGGAAGCAGCAGAAGCAUACGACAUAGCGGCUAUAAAAUUCAGAGGGCUAAAUGCAGUAACAAACUUCGAUAUGAGUCGUUACGAUGUGAAAAGCAUAUUAGAGAGCAACACACUCCCAAUUGGUGGUGGUGCUGCAAAGCGACUAAAGGAAGCUCAAGCCGUGGAAUCGUCUCGAAAGCGAGACGAAAUGAUUGCAUUAGGUUCCUCUUCGUCCUCCUCUUCUUGCUUCCAAUAUGGAACUUCUUCCUCUUCCACAACUAACUCUUCCCAUUACCCUAAUUUACUCCAACAACCAAAUCUCAAUAUAGACCAUCACCAUCUUCAAACCCAACCUUUGCUCUCUCUUCAAAACCACCACGACAUUUCUCAUUACGCUCACCAUCCUUCCUCGUUCCACAACCCUUCUUCUUCUUACAUCCACCAUUCAUCUGAUCAUUCCUCUUACCCUAACAACAACAACAACAAUCAUCCAUUUUACGGUGCCGGGUAUCUUCAUAAUCAUCCCGCUUUGCUUCACGGGAUGAUUAACAUGAGCGGCGGAGGUGGUGGCGGAGGAGGAGGAGGAGCUUCUAGUUUGGACAAUAACAACAAUACUAAUGCAUUGAGUCAUUAUGAGAGUAAUAGUAAUGGAGGGGGAGGGUAUCUUGGGAAUGCAUUUGGGAUUGGUUCUGCAUCCGGCAGUGCAGCGGAGGAAUAUGCCCUCGUUAAGGUUGACUAUGACAUGCCUAAUUCCGGUGGGUACGGCGGUUGGACCGGGGAUUCUGUCCAAGGUUCUAACGCUGGGGUUUUCUCCAUGUGGAAUGAUUGAUACAUGUGAUUCAAAAGUUAACUAAUUAUGGGGAAAUUUGAUGGGUUUUUUUUUCUCUUUCUUUCUUUCUUUUUUGGUUGGAUUAGGAAUGUGGGAUUUGCCAUUUGGGAUUUGAUUUUGGAAAUGUAAACUUGGAUUAGGGUGAAGUUUAAUGGAGAAGAACAUAAACACAGCAACAACGGCAACUAACGACGGAGAAUAUUUGUGAAUCAAAGAACAAAGUGUUGUUUGUAAUGACUGUAACCAUCGCUCCC